UUAAUCAUGGACGUCGUUUUUGCAUGAAUUUACUUUCGGCAUUUUGUUGUAAAAUCUGACAAAAUGUAUUUUUGUUUAUAAAUGUUUUGAAACAAGUGGCUUAGAAAAAAAAUGGUAACAAUAGUUGAUGACUUAGAUUCGUUGAACCUGCAAGAACAAAUUUUUCGGGACGUAAAGUAUUACAUAUCUGGCGAUGUCUCCGAAAAGAUUAUGCUUCUGCUCCAAUCCGGAGGUGCAGAGAACACAAAGUAUUUCUCUGACUACGUCACGCAUUUAAUCUGUGGUGACAAUGCUGCAGACACUGACAUUGACGAAGCCCAAGACAUAUACCAGAUCCCGGCAGUGACCGAGCACUGGGUACUUGCUUGCGCACGACUCAGGAAGCUUGCCUUCACCAAACCUUACAGUCCUAACAGGAAUAAGAUAUUUGGUAACAUAGUGGCAUGUGUGUCGAAAGUUAGUUCGGCUGAUGCAAAAAUAUUGUUUGCGCUAAUCACAUUUUAUGGUGGUAGAGUAAAGUUGAACUUGGACUCUCGAUGCACUCAUUUAAUUUGUGGUGCGGCUAGUGGAAAGAAAUACAGUGCGGCAUUAUCGUUACCUUCUAAAAUUAAAAUUGUUACACCCGAUUGGGUGCUUGAGAGUUUAAGGGCUAGGAUUCAGGCUGUUGUGGAAGUAUUUCAUCCUAAAUUAUUAGUUGUCCCUCAGCCUCUCCCAAAGCCCAUGGACCGUAUUAGUGCUAUAACAGGGUUUGAUUUUGAAGAAGGUAUUGCGAAGAACGAAGUGCCUACACAAAACAUGGCUGAGAAUAAGGAUGAUAGUACCCAGGCCUUGUUGGAUGAGUUGAAGCAGCGGAUGCCAUGGAAUCAUCCACCAAACCCCACAUCAUCAGCAGUUACUACUUCUGCUAUUAGUUCUAUGGGAUAUACAACUUCAGUACCUACAUCAAAUAUUAUGAGCAAAUCUAUUCCUCAAGGAAUUGUGACCCAAAAUAUACAAAUACAGAGUAGUCAAGCUAAUUCACCACUGAUGCAGAAGUUUAACCAAAAUGCAGUAGUUUCACAGCCAAAUAUAAGCAUGCAAAGUCAAGUGAAUUUACCACAACAGCAAACUUAUCAGAGUCAACAGCAACAGCAGCAACAGCAACAACAGCAGCAGCCUCAUGGCCUGACAGCAAUUCAGAUACAGCAACAGAAGAUGUUGCAUCAACAUCAAUUGAAGAUGCAAAUGUUGCAACAAAAUAAAAUUAAUAAUCAACAGCAACAGUUUUCUCAACCUAACUCCUCUGUAUCACAAAUAUCUCAGAAUUUGUCAGGGCAGUUACAGCAACACAUACAAAAUAGUCAACAUCAUCUACAGCAGUCUAUCAACCAGACACCAACUUCCAUGAGCUCAGCUCAGCAACAGAUAGAGAAUAUAAGUCAGAUGUUGAGCCAGAGUGCAAACAACUUGCAACAAGCUCAAUUGAAUCAGCAAAAUAUGGCUAUGAAGCAAACUUUAAGUCUGAGCCAGCAGACUGCCUCUCAGGCUGUGCAGAACAUUGCCCAGCAACUAGCGCAGUCUACACAAAACUUGCAGAACUUACAAAAUGCCAAGUUAAACCAGAGCUUAGGACAACCUCAAGUCAUUAACCAGCAAAUGAUAAACACAGGCCAGCAGUUGUCUAAUCAAACUCAAAAUUUGAUUCAACAGCAAACAGUUCAAUCACUGACUAACCAGCAACAAAAUAUAAAUAUGGGUGUUGUGAACCAAGGUCUUGUGGCAACAUCACAGGGUCAGCAAACCCAGGGUGUACAACUCAAUCAGUUAGUUGGUAAUUCUGGGCAGCAGCAGGUACUAAGUCAACAGAUGCAGACUGUUCAGCAAACAAUACAAGCCCAGGGCUCUAAUGUACCUGUCCAAGGAGCCUGGAGGCAGCAGAACAUACAAAUGGUGCAGAAUGUCCAAGGCCAGCAUCAGAUAAUAAGGAAUUCUUUGGUGCAGUCACGAAACCCUCAGAGUCAAGUUAUAUUGCAACAACAGAUCAUGCAGACCCAACAGCAAGCUUUGAUAAGCAAUCAACAAUCUCAGUUGAGUCCACAGCAUACAAUCCAACAAUCACCACAACAAAUAUUGCAGCAGUCCAUUGGUUCUCAAGGGCAAAGCAUUGGCCAAACACAUCACCAAAUAUUGGUACAGAAACAGCAAUUGCUCAACAGUUCUGGGCAGCAGCAGAUUGUCCAAGCACCUCAACAGGUGUUAAUAAACCAGCAUACAGGUCAACAACAGAUAUUGGUGCAUGGCAACCAACAAGUGACAUUGCAAGGCGGUCAACAAAUAAUGUCUCAAAGUCAGAUUGUUCACCAAAGUGGACAAAUAGUGAACCAGGCUGGUCAACAGAUAAUAACCCAAGGCACACAGCAGGUUCUUUCGCAGGGCGGCCAGCAUGUGAUCACGCAGCAAGGCCAGCAGCACCAGGUGGUAAUCGCGCAGUCUUCGCAGCAAAUUGUGACUCAAUCUGGGCAGCAGAUUAUUGGACAAGCAGUUGGCCAGGCGCAGCAAGUGUUGUCGCAACUGCCGCAGUCACCACAGGCUGGCUCGCAGUUGGCGGCUGGUGGUGGAAUCCAGCAGAUCAUUACGCACGGUGGUGGUCAACAAAUCGUGUCGCCUGGCGGGCAGCAGAUAGUACAGGGUGGUCAGAAUGUAACUUGGCAACAGCAGCAGUAUUUGCAGCAGAGACAGCAGAUUGGUCAGCCCGGUGCUGUGGGACCGAGGGUAUCAUGGACGGCGGGCGGGGGUGGCAGACAGCUGAUCCACUUGGAUGCGCAGACGCAUGCGCAGCUGCAACAGAUGAACCCGCAACAGCGUGCCAUGUUCGUCGCACAGUUGCAGAAACGACGCCAACUGACGUUGCAGCGGGCCGCCGCUAUGGCGCAACAACAGCCCGGCGUAGUGGCCGGCUCCCCGGGCGGACAGUCGCCGCCGGGAGCGCCGCAGAGCGUCACCUUCAUCCGCAGCCAGCUCGCGCCGGGACUCGCGCAGCAGCAACAGUUACAAUGGUUACAACAGCAAGGUGCCAGGACGGCGACCAUCCCGGCCGCCGCCGCCGUGCAGCCGCCACAAUCGCCCGUAGGUGGUGCUGGAGUGGGCAGCCCGGCUGGCGGCGCGGUGGAGUCGCAACUACAGCAGUUGCAGUUGCAGCGCCAGCAGCAGUACCAGCGCUUGCAGCAGUUGCAGGCGCAGAGGGACACUGUCGCGCAUCACCACGCCGCUGUUAAACAGGUGUCUCCGGGCGUGUCGCCGCACGUGGUGGGCGCGUCGCCGCUGCCCGACCAGCAGAUAGACGCGGCGCUCAUCACCACCAACGCCGCCGACCAACAGCAAGGUAACGCGUUGUUGGUGAACCCUAAGACGAAGACCGCACUGGCCAAUAUGCUGAGCAUCAGACUCCAAGGCACCGCGCCGCCCACUGACCACGAGCCCUCCGCCGCAGGCACGCUCAGGCUGAUGACGGCAGCGCACGCGGCGGGCGGCGUGCGGGCGCCGGCCAGGCUGCUGCUGGGGCCCGCGCAUCACCAUCAGUUGCAUUUCCAGGCAGGAGCAGCUACGCCGGCGGGUGUGGCGGGUGUGGGCGGCGCGGCCACGCCGGGCGCGGUGGGCGGCGUGGGCGUGGGCGCGGUGGCGGGCGUGGGCGGCAAGGUGUACGCGGGCACCGUGCGCGCGCCUCCCGCCCGCGUGCAGUUCUACGGACACAACCCGAAUCUCAAGCUGCCGCCGGAUCUGUUCCUGCUAGGAUGUGUUUUCCAUAUUGUGGAGUACCAGCAGUCGUGGGGGGCGGAGCGCGUGGCCCGGUGGGCGGAGGCCAUCACGCGGCGCGGCGGCGAGGUGGAGGCGGGCUACUGCGCACGCGUCACGCACGUGCUCUGCGAGACGCAGCGGCACGGCGUCGUUAUGCAGGCCCUACGAGAUGCGAAGCGCUGCGUGACCGCGUACUGGCUGUCGGACGCGAUGGUGCGGCGCGGCGUGGCGCCGCCGUGGCAGGCGCUGCACCUGCCCAGCAUGUACGCGGCGCGCGACCGCCCCGCCAAGCACCACCGCGCCGCCGUCUCGGGCUGGCGCGACGACGAGCGCGCCCGCCUCACCUUCUGCAUAGAGCACGUCGGCGCCAAGUUGACGCCGUACAUGACGCGCGACAACACUGUGUUGAUCUGUAAGCGAGCGGAGGGCAACAAGUACCGGCGUGCGCGGGAGUGGGGCAUCCCCGUCGUCACCGCCGCCUGGCUCACCGACCUGCUGCUCGGCAACAUGACCGCACUCUCGCAGAUUGAAAACGCUAAGUACCAACAGUUUAAUUUGGGCAGUCCGUUCCGAAUGGACUACAGUUUGGUGUCGCAUCUUAUGAACGCCUGGAAGAUGCCCAUCAACAUAACGCAGGAGUCUCACGAGCGCGCCAAGCGAGCCGCGGCGGCGGUCUGCGGCGCGCGCCGAGCCAAGCGGCCGCGCCGGGACUCGCCGCCGCCCUGCGCCCCCGCCACGCCCACCCCCGGCACGCCGCACACGCCCAAUGCGCCGGCGCACCUGCAGUCGCUGCACCCGGUGUUGUCGCCGCUCAACCUCGCGCCGCGCGUCGUGUUCUCCGCCAUGCCGCACCACGAGCAGAACAAACUCGCCGCCAUAGUCAGACUAUUGGGUGGUCUCGUAGUAAACUCUGCGACGGAGGCGACUCACCUCGUGAUGGACAAGUUGGUGCGCACGUGCAAGCUGGUGAGCUGCCUGGUCACCGUGAAGCAUCUACUGACGCCCGAGUGGGUGCUGGAGAGCCAGCGCCUCAACAAGUUCGCCGACGAGGCCAAGCACGGCCUGCGCGACGACGCGUUCAACAAAAUGUUUCGCUGUGACGUGUCCGAGGUACUCUUGUGUGGUGAACAAAGAAAGAAACUCUUUGAAGGCAUCACAUUUUUCUUGACUCCGUGCGUGAAGCCGUCGAAAUCCGCUCUCACCGAGAUGAUCGAGCUGUGCGGCGGCAGAGUGGAGAAGAACCGUCGUUCAUACGUGUCGAUCCACGCGAUGCACACGCAGAGACCGUACAGUUAUCUAGUGCUGACGGUGCCGAAUGAUCUGCAUUUAGUGUAUUAUUUGUUGCAAUCGGAAAAGACGUUGAACGUCGUUUGCAGUACUGAAGUGGUGCUAUCGGCUAUUAUGAGACAGAAACUUGAGAUCGAGGAGUUCCUCGUCAAGAUAGACUAAUUUUGUGUUAGAGUAAUGACGUUUAUAUGAAACAUUGUCUAUGGAUUAUAAGAGUUUAUAGUUCCUUUAUUUUACUUUGUACAUCUUUGUAUUGUCGGCCGCACACUUGAGCUUUGAUGAAAUUUGAAAUAACUAGUUUUCUAUAAAUAUAUCGGCUUAAGAGAAAUUGUUGGAAGUGUGCGGUCGCCCUAAUGGUUUUAAACUAUCAUAAAAUUCUGCGUUUUUCGCAGAAAUGUAAAAGCGUACAAAUUGAGUUAAAUAUUGUCUUAAACUAUAUCUUGUUGAUACGAAAAUAUUUUCUGUUAGUCUAAUUUUUAGAAGAUGGUUUAAUAGAAUAUAUAGGAUGCGUUUUUUUUUCUACAUUCUAUACUUUCGUUUGAUGAAUUCUUUUCUGUUACAAAAUUUUAUAAAGCAAUGUGCAUAAAGUAUUAAAUGUAAGUGUACCUUUUUGAAAUGUUCGUUUAUGUAAAUAAAGAAUAGUAUGUGAUGCGAACAAGAAGACUACAUUGUGAAAAAAGAAAAUAUAACAUAUUAUAUAUAAA